AUGGCAACUGGCAAUGUACUGUUACCGCCUGUGGCAUCUGAUCUGCAGGAGUACCUUUUCCCAUUUGCUUCCGGUAGCUGGGCUAUUCGAAGCCUGCCCGACUGUACAGUUCCGCCUUUGAGUCUAAAUGGAAUGUGCGAUACGAGCAAGUCGCCCUACGAACGUGCUGCUGCGCUGGUCGGUGAGCUGACCCUCGAGGAAAAGGUCAACUCAUCAAUUUUCUACAUACCAGCCAUAGAGCGCCUCAACACCCCACCUUUCGUAAUCAGGUGCCAUAUGCUCUGGAACGAGGCGAUACACGGUGUUGCAUCGGGUCUGGGAACCAACUUCAACGAAGUUGGAGAUUUCAGUCAUGCCAUAUCGUUCACACUUCCUAUUCUCACAGCAGCCGCAUUCGAUGAUGAGCUCAUAUACUCAAUCGCGAACGCCAUUGGCAAUGAGGUGUGCGCAUGUGGCAGUGCUGGUCGUGCUGGUUUGGAUGUUUGGAUCCCGAACGUCAAGACCUGGGUACGGCCAUUUGGGUCGGGCCAUGUUUGGGCCUUGGGCCGGACUUUUUGUCCAUCUGCCCAUGGGCCUUGCCCAGGUCUAAACCCACUAAACCCAGCAGAGCCCAUUGACAACCCAUUAAAAACCCAAGCAAACCCAUUCCCAGCUCAAUUCCUGCCCUUUGGCCCCUGA